ACAAGGGGAUGGGUCAAAUGCAGAGGACACAUUUCACCACACCUAGUGUGUGUGUGACUAUCAUUGGUACUUUAAACUUAAACUUUACCCACACUUGUUAUUUCAUAUGUUGACCAGAGGGAGAGCACUUUUAAAACCGACACAGCCAAUUUGAAAAAUCCCUCCUUUUUGGGACCACCCUCAUAUUGAUGGAUGUCACCACCAGGGGUGAGAAUGAUUCAUUCUCCAUUAGAUGCAAUGGUUUUCCUUAUUGGGACCAACUAACUUGUUCACCGGUCCUCGUAUGGAAGGUACUUUUCCUUGUUGAUGUCUCAAGAAGGGUAGAAAUACAAGAACACACACACACACACACACACUCUUACACACUCCCGCGCGCGCGCACAGCUGCAAUGCUUCCUGCAUUUGACUCGUAGACCAUCGGAGACUCCAUGGAAGAAAUGCAUCUCCCCGGCAGCUAACACUCUUAGCCCGCCAUGUAAACAAAGUACCCCCCCUUCGAAGAUCGUUGACUCGUAACGCAGACGAGGGUUCGGGAGGAGCCAGCCGCGACGCUCUUGCGCCCGAGUCCGAAGUGGGGGGCACACAUUCGGGGCGGGGGAGCCUUCAGAGCCAUCGACGCCCCGCCUGGCCGAGCCUCCGCACGUCUCGAAGGCAACGGAGGACCCGCCGCGACACAAGCGAGGCUUCGCUGAAAUGAGAUGAGGCUCAGAAAUGGAACUGUGGCCACUGCGAUUAUCUUCUUCACGUCCUUCCUCAGCUUGUCUUGGUACACAGCCUGGCAGAAUGGCAAAGAGAAACUAACAGCAUACCAGCGGGAGUUCCAUGCCUUGAAAGAGCGCCUUCGUGUGGCCGAGCACAGGACGCUGCAGCGCUCGUCGGAGCUCAACAGCAUUCUCGAGCAGUUCAAGCGCGCCAUCGCCGAAACCAACAGCAGCAAAGAUGCCAUCACAUCCUUCUCAGAUGAGACACAGAGACUCUUGAAGGAGCUGGCAAGUAGAAAACCUCUCCAAGUGCCAAACAUCUACCACCACCUGCCUCACCUGCUCAACAAUGAGGGCAGCCUGCACCCCGCCGUUCAAGUCGGCCUCGGACGCACCGGAGUUACCAUGGUGAUGGGGAUCCCCACGGUGAAGCGCAAGGUGAAGUCAUAUCUAUCCGAGACGCUGCGUUCGCUCAUAGACAAGCUGUCGCCGGAGGAGAAACUCGAGUGUGUGAUUAUUGUCUUCGUCGGGGAGACGGACCUGGACUACGUACAAAGUGUGGUUGCUGGCCUGCAGAAAGAGUUCUCAACAGAGCUGAAUUCAGGCUUGCUCGAGGUCAUCUCACCUCCUGCCACAUUUUACCCGGACCUCACGAGCCUCAAAGAGACUUUCGGAGACUCCAAAGAGAGAGUCAGAUGGCGAACCAAACAGAACCUGGACUAUUCCUUCCUCAUGAUGUAUGCCUUGAGCAAAGGGGUUUAUUAUGUUCAGUUGGAAGAUGACAUUGUUGCCAAGCCCAACUACUUUGCCACCAUGAAGAACUUUGCCCUCCAGCUCUCAUCAGAAGACUGGAUGGUCCUGGAGUUCUCUCAGCUGGGAUUCAUCGGAAAGAUGUUCCAGGCACCAGACCUGAAUCUUAUUGUCGAGUUCAUCUUCAUGUUCUAUAGGGAGAAGCCCAUCGACUGGCUGCUGGACCACAUUCUCUGGGUUAAAGUCUGCAAUCCCGAGAAAGAUGCGAAACACUGCGAGCGACAGAAGUCGAGCCUCCGCGUGCGCUUCAGGCCCUCUUUGUUUCAACACGUUGGCCUCCAUUCUUCUCUGGCUGGAAAGAUCCAGAAGCUCACAGACAAAGAUUUCCUGAAGCCGCUUCUCCACAAGAUGCACGUCAAUCCCCCUGCUGAGGUGUCCACCUCCAUGAAGGUGUAUCAGGGUCACACACUAGAGAAGACGUACCUCGGGGAGGAUUUCUUCUGGGCUGUCACUCCCAAGGCGGGAGACUACAUCCUCUUAAAAUUCGAUAGACCCGUCAGCAUAGAAAGGUUCCUGUUUCGUAGCGGUAACCCGGAGCACCCGGGGGACAAGAUGCAAAACACUACAGUGGAAAUACUGCCCGUCUCCGAGAGCGGAUUGAUGCAGACCAAAGAGAAGUACAAGAGAACCGAAGACCGCUUUUACAGGAUAGGUCAUUUUGAGAAGGGCGUGGCCGAGGGGGCCGUAGACCCCUCCUUCAACCCUAUCCUGGCCUUGCGACUGUCUGUGGUGAAAAACUCUGCAGUGUGGACCAUCAUCAGUGAAAUUCAUAUAAAGAGGAUAGCAGGCUGACUUGAACCAAAACCUCGGAGAGACUGCUCACGUUAGAGCCUCAGGCAGCAAUGAAGAAACCCCCUUAGAGCUGCUGGUUUGAAGAACAUCCAUACUUUUUGUUUCUCUUUGGUCACUCUUUUCUUUCUGCGUCCGUCUUACCUCCUGUAGUGAGAAUGUGGAUACUAUGUCUACAAAGGCAAGAAAACUUGGGGCGUGCGACUGAAUCACCCAACUAGCAGCUUUGGAAAACAAUCAUCUUGGAUUUAAUGAGGACAAAUCAUGACACCAGUCAGCUGGCCACUCUUCAUGCUGCCAAAUCCGUCCUUGGUCAACUCAAUGCUGCCACCCUUGGGCAAGCUGGGGCAUUGCACUGUCACUAGUGCCACCAGUCGAUACCGCCAUCACCGAGAAUGUUCAGUCUCGCCAUUUGCCCCUGGGUUUUAAAUGUAAAAAGAUGCAGUUUUAAGAUCGACACCAGCUCAAACUGACACCUACUUCAUUACCUUUCGAAGAAAUCUCAGCUAUCCUCCCUGAGAAAAUGAUAUAUCUCAGCGCCGGUCUGACAACGCUUUGUGCGUAGAAAUAAAACAACAAUCAAUUUUGAGAAUGAAUAUAUUGAUGUGACGACUUAUGAAGGUGACUUUAAUUUAUUUAAAAUAAAUAUUUUUAAUUUGUACAAGAAGUAAAUAUAUUUUUAAUCUAGCAAGAGAUGUUUAUAGUAGUGCAGCAUUUUGUUUUUAUUGUGCAUUUUCAUGAUUAUUGGGGCUGUCAUCAACGUCGCACCCUUUUCUUUUUACUACAUUAUUAUUACCCACAAAAUGCUGAAUGAUCAGAGGGGCGGCAAAUAGACUUUUAUUUAAAAGAUUUGUGCAUCGAGUGUGGAGAAAUGUGCCUUAUAUCAGGUCCCCUUAUUGUGUUUCAUCUACUUCAAUCACACUUGCCAAGGCCUCACCAGCUGGAUGUUUUAUUAUUAUUAUUUUUAUUAUGAAAAUAACAAAAAGUUCAAUCAGUGUUCAGAUGUGUUUACAAAUGUGAACGUGAUACAACAUUACAUCUUAAACUGUUAGCUUCACACUGCUCAUUGUUACAUCGCCAUCUUUACAUGGUAUCAAGGAGUGUAAAGACCACGCUGAAAAGAAAACAUUACUUCAGGAAUCAUGGAGAUCAUGGAGAAAAAGUCCACAUGUUUUCUACAAUAAAGUAGUAAUCUUGUAUUUUUUUUAAAUUGAAUAAAUAUGAGAAUCUAGUGGGUGAGAAACAAAUAUUUUUUUCCAAAAUCCAAGAUUUUGUGAGAACAAGGCUAUAUUUUUCAAAAAAAAUACGUUGUAACAUUACUGAAAAAUAAAUCAUAAUUUUCAUGACCAAAAUAAAGCUGCAAUGUUAUGAAAAUAAAAGUAGCCAUAAUACAACAAAAAAUUGGUUGUCCGAGAUUACUUAAAAAGAAAAAUAAUUUUUUGGGAUCAAAGUUCUAUUUUACAACAAACAAGUCAUAAUCUUGCUAGAAUAAAGUUGGAAUUUUCAAGAGAAAAAAAUUGUUGUGUAAAGAAAGUGUUAAUACUUCACUUUCUGAGAAAACUUUUUGAAAAAUAUGAUUUUUUUAUAUUUCUUUUAAUUCUAAGUUUUAUUUUUCCGAGAACGUAAGUCUGAACUUUCAUGAGAAAAAUUAAGUUCUGAGAAAAAAAGUGUUAAUUUUACAAAAAAAUCAAUAGGUUUUCCCAGCUAAAUAGAUAGGGUUUUUUUCUGUAAAAAAAAGAAAAAGCUGCAUUUUUUAUUUUUUAUUCUUUUACAAUAAAUGCAUCCCAUUUUACUAGAAUAAAGUUGUCAUUUUCACCAUAAAACUGUUGUAAUGUUAUCAAACUAAAGUGGUAAUUGUGCCAAAUGUUUCCAAUUCAAUUUAA